UCCUUGGCGUCGGAGUGGGAAUAAACUUUCUCGGCUAAGUUAGAUGGACAGUCACCAUUAACCUGUUGGUCUGUCCCCCUCCUCAUUCUCCCCUGGCUCCCCUCAGCCCUGGGAGGAGUGUUUGUCUCAGGAGAAGUCUGGGGAGGGGGGAGACCAGGGGGGAAGGGUUUGUAAGGGCACCCACCCAUCAGGCGGGGAUGGUCCCCCCAGGGAAGAAGCCAGCCGGAGAGACUUCAAACUCGAACAAGAAAUGUAAGCGCUACUUCAAUGAGCAUUGGAAGGAAGAGUUCACUUGGCUGGAGUUUGACUAUGAGCGAAAGCUGAUGUUUUGCUUGGAGUGUAGGCAAGCCCUUGUCCGGAACAAGCAUGGGAAGGCCGAGAAUGCCUUCACAGUGGGCACCGACAAUUUCCAGCGUCAUGCUUUGUUGCGCCAUGUGACUUCUGGGGCUCACUGCCAGGCCCUAGCUGUCAAUCGGGAACAGCUGGCAUUUGAAGCCCGGGCAGGGGAAAGAGGGAGGUAUGGGUACCACCGAAACCUGCCCCUGAACUCAGUAGGCAUGCCCGCCGCCGCCUCUAUGGCACCCGUCAAGAUGGAAGUGAACCCUGCCAAGGUGGCGGUGUUGACCACCGUUUACUGCAUGGCUAAGGAGGAUGUGCCAGAUGACCGCUGCCCUGCUCUGCUGGAACUACAGAGAUUCAACCUCUGCCAGGCACUCCUGGGCACUGAGCAUGGUGAUUGCUACACCCUGGGCAGCGUGAAGGACAUGCAGGCAGCCAUUGCCAGGGUUCUGCACUCUGAAGACUACCAGCGGCUGAAAGCAUCCCCAUUUGUGGGGCUAGUGCUGGACGAGGUUGGGGAUGGUCCAGAGCCUCAUAGCCUGGCCCUGUUUGCCACCUUGGUGUCCCCCUGUGAUGGCCAGCCUGCCAGUACCUUCCUGGGAAGUGUGGAGCUAGGGGUAGGAGAAGCCACUCCUGGCCAGCUUCUGGACAUUCUGAAGUCCUUUGGUGUUCCUGCACCCAAGCUGGCUUGGCUCGGCUCAGGACUCCCAAGUGAGCGUCUAGGUGAGCUAGGCCUACAACUUCGGGUCACCUGCCCACUACUGGCUGAGCUCCAUUGCCUUCCAAGCCGGGGUCACCCAGAAGCCCCCACCUACGUCAGCGAGUAUGAGAGUGUCCUGGAUGCUCUAUUUCGACUCUAUGGCAGCUCUGGGGCCCAUGGGAUCCCAGAGCUCCGGGCAGCACUGGACCUUGCAGCCAUCAAUCUGACAGGGCCACAGCGAGUACCCUGGGCAUCAAUCUUGCCAGCUGUUGAAGCUGUGGCUACUUCCUGGUCCCACCUCGUGCCCAUGCUAGAGACUACUUCCCCCACUUCCCCACUUACACAGGCACUGGCCCUUGCCCUCCGGAGGUUCACUUUCAUUGCCUUCACCUACCUCCUACUGGACACUUUGCCUACGCUGCAGAAGCUCAGCCUCCUCCUUCAGCCUGAGGAGCCAGACUUGGCUCUGCUCCCACCCCUGGUCAUUACCACUGCUGCCUCCCUGCAGGCUCAGAGAGGCUCAGAUGGGCCCCACUUUCAAAGCUUCCUGCAGGCACUGGACAACUCCACCCCAGCUGGCAAUGGGGAUGGUGGCCGCUAUUGCUAUCAAGGGGUGGAGCUGACAGACUGCUCCCCAGCAACCAUCCAGAGCUUUGAGGACCUCCGGGGGGCUUUCCUGGACUCUCUGAGGAGGUGGCUGUGGGACUCCUUCCCAGGCCCCUCUCUGGACAUUGUGGCUGCAUUUGCUUCCAUCUUUGACUCUCGACGCUACCCACAGUCCUUAGAAGAGCUGGGAGCCCAUGGGGAAGGAGCUCUCCGGUUGUUGCUCCAGGCAUAUGCCCCUGUAGUGGUUGGUGAGAGAGCCCUGAGUGACUUCCCUCUCUUUAAACGCAUUGUCUUCAGUUUGGGCCCGCUGGGCCCACGAGAUCUCUGCUGCAAGCUAGUCUGUGCCCACUCAGAGCUGCAUGAGCUCUUUCCUGACUUUGCCAUCCUGGCUUCAUUAGUCCUGGUCCUGCCUGCUGGUGCCAGCCUUUUUGACAAGGUUGCCCGGAGCCGGGAGCUUCGGUGGUGGGACCAGGGAAAGGGAGAGGGAGGUGACGUCCAGGGGAGCCAUGUUGUGAAGAUCGCAGUGGACGGCCCUCCGCUCCAUGAAUUCGACUUUGCCUUGGCUAUUGAGUUGUUUGAGAGUGGAGGUGGUGGGGUGGAAUAUUUUGGCACACAGAUCAAAUGAGGAGAUCUGCUUUUCACACCUUAACUGGGGUGUCUCUCGUGUGACUUUGGAUCCCUAGAUGGAAUUUAACUCUGCUGGGGUGAGAGACUAUCCCCUGGCUUGGAUAACCUUGUCCUGUAUUCCUUCCUGUCACUAUUGUAUCACCCUGUAUGCCCUGACACUAACUCAGCCUUGCCCAGGAUGUGGAGGGGGGAGGGCUGGGAGAGGCUUGGCAAUUUUGGUUCAGGAAUAGCCUGGAUGAGGAGUUGAGAGGUGGAAAGUUAUGGCAGCUGGGGAGGGGACUUAGACACAUUCACCGUGCUUUUGUCCUUUCCAAAGCUUUGUGCUAAAUACAUGGGCAUUUUUGUCUCCCAACCCCCUGGGAUUUGGUCAAAAUUUCCAUUGAGGUUGUGAACAUUAAUAAUUAGAUGUGGGAAGAGAACGGAAUCUCCCCGAUGGGGGAUGGAAGGGAAGAUAAUUCUGUCUAUCUGGCUCAGAGCCCUGCUUUUGUUACUGUUUGCCCUCUGGGAGCUAGUGAGCUCAGGACAUCAGAACAUGGGAUUGGCAACUGGGAGACCUGAAUUAUAGUUCUGUCUCUGUCCUUAAAUCAACCUUGCGCAAGGCACAGCCUCUGUCCGAGGCUUACUUUCUUCCUUUCUCUUAAAUGAGGGAGUCAGACUAGGUGGUUUCUAAGAUUGCCCCCAGCUCUGAUGGUCUGUUCAUCCUUACUACAGCACAAUGCCUUCAAUGUUAGCCAGAAGUGGGUCUGUUCAGAAGUGCAGGAAAGCCAAAAGACUUAGGGAGGCCCCUGUCUUCACCACCCCUCCACCCUGCAAUCCAGGAUGUCCAAGGGCAUCUGUGUAAGAAAGGUGUACAUAAACACAUAAAUAUAUAUACAGAUAUAUUAAAUAAAUCUCUUAUCUUUUAUAGAAUUAGAGACAAUGCUCACAAAGAGGAUUUUGGUUUCUGUUUUGGGUUUUGCUAUGAUAGGAUCCAAGAAAGUUCCAAGUGGAACAAAUUCCUAUCUUAUUUUCUUCUUCCUUUUACAUUAAAGUUUGGUUGCCAUCCAAGCUCCCUUCUUAUCUUCACCCUAGCUCCUUGAGACCAAAGAGUGCAAAAUCACAAUUCCUGCUCCUAAUCUAACCUCACCCAAGCAGAUAUGAUCUAUUUUUUUCAUUUCCUUUUCUUCUACCCCUUCCUCAUUCUAAUUCUUCACACACAUACCUAUUCCUACAGGGCAGGUGACGGGGAGGAGAUAGCCUCUCUGUAGCUUGCUUGAGUAUACCUUCACCAUGGCUGAUGCUACUGCUUCCUCUAUCCCCCCUCCAAAAAAAAAAAAAAAAAAGACCAACAGAGCAAAGUAUCCCAAGCCCCAUCUGAGGGGGUCAGCUGACUGGUAGUAGCGGGAUGGGGAAACCAGACAGGUUGUAAACUGUUACAUCAGGGAGUGUCAUGGGUUCUCCCCUGCUGUUCACUGUGGGGCCACAGAUGGGCUGGGGAGGUGGUGAAUAACAGUCUUCUCCAACCUUUCAUUGAGUCCAGUGCCCUGGAACACAAUAAAAUAGAACCAUCCCAACUCCUGA